AUGGCAGAAGCUGAAGCUGUAUCAUCUAUCUCCUGCUCAGGCCAUGGAAAGGCUUUCUUGGAUGGUUUAGUUCUUCAUGGCAAGCCUGUUUGUGAAUGCAACAUGUGCUAUGGAGGAAAUGACUGCUCACAACUUCUUCCUGAUUGCAUGGUUGAUGCAGAUAGUGGAGAUCCCACAUUUUUGGAACCCUUUUGGAUGAAGAAUGCAGCUAGCAGUGCAAUAGUGGUUGCAGGAUGGCAUCGGAUGAGCUAUGACUUCAGUGAUGGCUCUCUCAUCUCAGAAGAGUUGAAGGCACACAUUCGAAAGAUUCAUGCAAGUGUUGGAAAUGCUAUAACAGAUGGAAAAUACAUAAUAUUUGGAGCAGGUGCCACUCAUCUUCUUAAUGCUGCAGUGCAUGCUCUUUCUUCAAAUAAUGCUUCUUCUUCACCUGCAAAAGUCGUAGCUUCAAUCCCAUAUUACCCGGUUUAUAAAGAGCAAACUGAAUUUUUCAAAUCUGAGGAUUAUAAAUUCAAUGGAGACACAUCUAUGUGGAAGAAUGAUACUUCAAACUCAACCUUCAUUGAGUUGGUGACUUCCCCAAACAAUCCAGACGGGGAUAUGAAGAAGGCUAUUCUUCAAGGUCAAUUUGUGAAGACAAUUCAUGACCUUGCCUACUACUGGCCUCAUUUCACACCUAUCACAGCACCUGCAGAUGAAGAUUUGAUGAUAUUUACGCUUUCUAAGCUAACUGGUCAUGCUGGAAGCCGAUUUGGGUGGGCAAUAAUAAAGGAUGAAGCUGUUUACAAAAGAAUGUUAACAUACAUGGACUUUAGUACCUAUGGUGUUUCUAGAGAGACUCAGCUAAGAGUGCUGAAGCUUUUGAAGGUUGCCCUCAGUGGAAAUGGAAGGGCAAUGUAUGAAUUCGGAUACAACACAAUGAAGAACCGGUGGACCAAGUUGAGCAAAGUCUUGUCUCAAUCAAAAACAUUUUCUACUCAAAAAUUAAAACCUCAAUAUUGUUCAUUUUCCCAGCAAAUCAGAACACCUUCUCCAGGUACUUUUCCUGUACAGAUAUCAGCUUUUGCAUCGUUGAAGUGUGACACAUCCGUAUUAGAAGAUCGUUCUUGUUAUGAAGUUCUCGAGGAAGCUAACAUUACUGGGCGAGAAGGUAGUUUAUUUGGAGCUGAUAACCACCAUGUGCGUCUUAGCUUGGUUAGGAGUGAAGAUGACUUCGAUUUAUUGCUAAGGCAAAUCAACAAGCUAGUUUCUGUGGAAAGUCAUGAUAAACGUGUGGCCACAACUUCAACUGGUUUAGGGCAAAACUAUGGGUCUACAGUGAUGGAAUGUUGUGGGAACAUAUCAUUGAAUUUGAGAAUGGAAUUAGAGACUUUGAACUAUAAUGGAUUGUACACUAUCACGAAGAACAUGUGUUUUUAUUACAAACCGUGCAUAUAUUCCUCCGCUUCGCAAACUCCUUUCACCGCAAACUCCUCCGUGCGAACCACCAAGAGGUUCCGGAGACCCUACGCUCCACCAGGAGGCUUCGGCGACCCCGUGGAAGCCAGCAGAAAGCUCCGGCGAGACAGGCGAGAUCAUACUGCGAUUCCGUGGUUGAUUAGGGUUUCAUUAGAGUUUGUUCCUACCUCUGCAAAAUUCCAAGUCGCUCUGUAUAGCAUUGCCAAAUGA